CCGAAACUUCCGGUUCUGGUCCGCCUCGGUGAUUGCAACUUGGCUAUGCGGUCUCGGCUUCUGCUUAGUGCUGCCCGGUGUCUUCGGGCGCUCCGGGCUAUUAGCCCAGCCCGUCGGCACCUAAAGUGCGGCAGCCUGCCGCUGGAGGAGCUGUUCGCCCCCGGCGGACCUUUGCGGACCUUCCUGGAGCGACGGGCAAGGUGUGAAGCCCAGUUGCAGUUCGGGGGGUCUGAGCUGCUGGCGGUGGCCAAACUGCUGAGCGAGAAGGAGCAGGAGCUGCAGGAGACCGAGCAUUUGCUACACGAUGAAAAUGAAGACUUAAGGAAACUUGCAGAGAACGAAAUAACUUUAUGCCAAAAACAAAUAACUCAGCUGAAGCAUCAGAUUAUCUUACUUUUGGUUCCCUCUGAAGAAACAGAUGAAAAUGAUUUGAUCCUGGAGGUAACUGCAGGAGUUGGGGGUCAGGAGGCAAUGUUGUUUACAUCAGAGAUGUUCGAUAUGUAUCAGCAAUAUGCUGCAUUUAAAAGAUGGCAUUUUGAAACCCUGGAAUAUUUUCCAAGUGAAAUAGGUGGCCUUAGACAUGCGUCUGCCAGCAUUGGGGGUGUAGAGGCCUAUAAGCACCUGAAAUUUGAAGGUGGUGUACACAGAGUACAAAGAGUGCCAAAAACAGAGAAGCAAGGUCGCAUCCAUACCAGCACCAUGACUGUGGCAAUCUUACCCCAACCGACCGAGAUCAAUCUGGUAAUUAAUCCCAAAGAUUUGAGAAUUGAUACUAAACGAGCCAGUGGAGCUGGAGGACAGCAUGUAAAUACCACGGACAGUGCUGUCCGGAUAGUUCAUCUUCCAACAGGUGUUGUUUCUGAAUGCCAACAAGAGAGAUCUCAACUGAAAAAUAGAGAGAUGGCUAUGAAAAAGCUACGUGCAAAACUGUACAGCAUGCAUCUAGAAGAAGAAACAAAUAAAAGAUACAGUGCUAGAAAGAUUCAGGUUGGAACCAAAGGAAGGUCAGAGAAAAUAAGAACAUAUAAUUUUCCACAGAACCGGGUCACAGAUCACAGAAUAAAUAAGUCACUUCAUGAUCUUGAAACUUUUAUGCAAGGGGAAUAUCUACUGGAUGAACUUGUAAGGUCAUUGAAGGACUACGCUGAUUAUGAAUCUUUAGUAGAAAUUAUUUCCAAAAUGUAAAUUAAUUUAUUAUUAAAGACAUAGCUUAUAAAAAUUCUACCACAGUAGAUUACAUUGUGUGUAAAUACUAGUAUUCUCUUAAAAAACAUGAGUUAAUACAUUUGGAAGUAAUGUGUGUAUUUUAAAGACAUAAUUUAUAUAAAUCUCUCAAUAUAUUAGUAAAAAAAUGUACAAUACAAUCAUGACUCUGCUUAUAUAUUUUGGACUCUUAUGUGAAGUAUACAAACAAAGCAAAAACAGUAUUUUGUUUUCUUUAGUGUAAAAUGUUUAGCAAAUGAUCAAACAUAAAUACAGUAAAUAUUGUAUUAGUCAAAGUCCAGUCAAGAGACAGAAACCAGACCAUGAAUUUGAACAGGGA